AAAACAUAAUAUGUAAGUUACACUUACAUUUUCAAAUAAUCACAUAACGGCUGCCCACUGAAGCGGUUUUAUAGAGUUGUCCGUGUUCUGCUCACUAUUUAUAGGCGAAACAGAUCAGUAUACGUUCCACCUUAUCUUCAAACCAAUCGUAUGCAAAACACCAGCACAUCUACAGCGAGGUAGUACCACAGAACUAAACGCGGGGCAAACUAUGACACAAAAAUUAAGAGGAACCCAAUGCCUGAGGCCUGAAUAUAUAAAUAAACUAUUAUAAGCCCAACAAAGGACAUUUCCUGGCUGCAAAGGUAUUUCCAUUUGGCCUGUAACAAACCAUUGAGAAGCCCUGCAGAGCGGGAUCCAGACGGCCCCUCCUGAACUUCCAGAUCGGCCUCUGAAACCGGCCUCCAGCGGAUACGACCGUCGUGUUCGCAGCCACUUACAGCUACGAUCAGUCUUUCAGAAGUGAAGAAAUCAUUUUAACCAACAGGAAAUCUUUUCUGCAAUACUAACAACGUUUCCCCAAAGUUGGAGGUUCCAAGGUUCCCCUAGAACCUUCACUACAUUAUAAUACGUUAUUAGCGUAUUAGUUGAUAUAACAAGGUUUUGGACGCUACUAAACAAAACAGUGUUAAAUAUCGCUAACAUCCCAUUCCACACUUCUGGUCAAAUUUGCAUGCUGCGCGUCACAGGCCCACAUUAUGGGCGAACUACGAAAGAGGACAUCCUACAACUUCAGGGGGGACCGAUAAACAGUAUCAAAAAUAAAUUCGGACCAAUCAGAUUUAGCAUUUUGAACGGCAUUAUUAAUAAUAACCAACCAAUGCUAUAGUCACAAAUCGCAUUAUUUUAGUUCUGUAGUUUAAACGUUUAAACAUCACUGUGUCCAAAAACAGAAAUUAAGCGCUGCAUAUUGGUUAUUUAAUGUUUAAUAACUGCAAUCAUGGUAUCAGUUGUGAAAAGAUACUAUUGGUCUAUCUCUGCUUACAACACAUAUCUCUGACUGUGCACAGCAUUAUCAUAAAUCACCAGCCCAAAUGUCAUGUGUUAUUUUUACACGCUAAGCAUAAAGAAGCUGCUCUUUCACAUGGGGAAGUAGCUGGCUCCUGUGAGACGCUGGCUGCGAAAAACAUUGAUCUAGACGAUGUCUCUAGGCAUCAUAUCUCGCCAGAUUCAAUGCACCACUUAUAGGCAGAAGUGCGCACGCAGUGCGUCUACGUUGACUAAACACUAGAUUCCGAACCGCAGCCAAUGGCUGGCGUGAGCGAUUUUUUUCUUUUGAGGACCAAUCCUGCUAAACGCGGCAAAGAGUUUUGCGACUUUUCGUCUUGCUCUUUGAACUUUUUAAGCUGAGACGUGGAUGGCCGGUCGGUGGCGAGCGUUUAAAACGCGCAAAAGCGCAAAGGAGAGUUGCGCUGCGCUGGAAAAACGCCAAACUCCACCCGCAGGAGAAAGUUCGCUAAGACCAGAACUUGCAUGCUCUUAUAUACGUUUCAUUGUAAGACAUUGAAAACGAGCGUGUUCGUAAGGCUAUCGGACAAAGAAGCAACGCAAAAACGAAUGAAUAAAUAAUGAAAAAUCCUUCGCAGGCUUGCGAGACGUGAUGCAUCUCAUAUUCCAUUCCAAAUAUCCAAAAGACUUAAGGAGCACUUGACAAAACAGUCGAGCUAUUGAGCAUCACAGCCCAGUGACGUGAAAUGGAAAAUGAAUCUCGCAUAAUGACUUAUGUAUGAAUGACCUGUGGAUGAAUUCUACAGGUGAACUCUCGUCAAACAUUUACCUUACAAAAGGUGCUUACAAACACACACGGACACACAUAUGAGCUGUGUGUGUGUGUGUGUGUGAAGGGAAACCUCCCUAUAAAAGCUCCUCCUGGACGAAAAGUACAUGACAAACAGAAACUCAAGACAGAACUCAGCUGUCAGCUGCCAUGAACCUACAGCUCCUCUCCUCUCUGCUGCUCUGCGUCGCUUUCACCAAACAGACAGCUGCCGCUCAAACGUCUGCGCUGGAUCAUGUGACCGUGAUGUCGUCAUCGGGGAAGGGGCUUCAGAGCGCCGUGGGGGAAGAUUCGGAAUCUGACGACGAUCAGGAUCCGUCAGGAAUGUUCAGCGAGUCCACUUCAUUUAAAGCACCCCAAGUCAGUAAAGGAGACGAGCAGAAUCACAAGCGGUCUGGACGCAAAAAGAACAAAGGAAGAAAAAAGAAUAGAAACAUUACUCCCGUUCAGCCGAAUCACACGCUCAGUCACAGGAGCCACAGCACCACGGCUGACCCCUGCCUGACCUCUCACAUAGACUACUGCAUCCACGGCCACUGCACGUACCUGCACGGCCUCAGGGAGCCCGUCUGCGUGUGUAAGAGAGGCUACGAUGGGGAACGCUGUGGGAUCCAGCUUCUCGGGACGUCUCGGGACGAGAGCAGCACCGACCGGACCCACGCGGCCCUCGUCAUCAUGGCCGUGGUCCUCUCAGUCAUUAGCUGCCUAGCCAUUCUGCUCAUGGUCUGCCUGCACUAUAGAACACAUCACCGCUUUCAGGCGGCGUUCUUGAGCUCCACUAAUGAGAGAGAGCAACUAGAGAAGAAGAACAUCAUGGUGUGAAGAGGAAGUAGGAUUCAUGCUGGUGUGGAGUGCACUGCAGAUAUAUUGCACACAGAGUAAUAUAAUAAAACCUACCGUAACAGCAUAUUUAUUGUUUGUACCUAUUUAUUAACAAAUUCUAUAAUUUCAUUAGUAUUUGUGUUUAUUUUGAUAAUAAAAAUCUCAUGUUUAUUUGAUAUGUCAUGUUCGUGUACACAUAUGAAAUAAAGGACACUCUCGUGA